CUGAUCUACCUCUUAGUGUUUGGAGUUUAGAUAUAGAAGUCUGUGCUUCCUGUUUCAACAGGAGAGUUUGGGCUCAUUUGCUAACUUAGUUUGUUGCUUUUCACUGAGACAAAAAAGCUCAGCAAUGAUCCCUCUAGAUUGUUUAAGGCUUUGUUUGCUUGGCAUGUGGCUGGUGGUUGGUGGUGUAAAUUGUGAGAAUACCCAGAGAGGUUAUGUUCUUCGUGUCCAGACAGGAAGGACUCCAGUGGAAGUCCGCAAUGACAAAAGUGACUACAAAAGAUGGAACGAACCAUCUAGUUCCAGAGGUCCUACAGGUGGUUACAAGACAUUAAGUCUGUACAAAGGAGAAGAUAACCAUAUCUAUCCUGGUGAGGAAGGACAUCACUCCACUGACUCUGUCAGCACAAAUUCAAAGUCUUAAUCCCUCUUCUAUUAUACCUGAAACACAAAUUGGAAACAUUCCAAAAAGCCCAAUUGUAAACCAAGUCAACCAUUUUCAGUCUGACCUCAUGUCUGCUCCUAUUAUACGAGGAAGAAAUGCAGUGGCAUACAACCCCUCGGAAAGUGCUUUUCCUGACAGCAAGAGGAUUCACCAUGCAAGCAAUGAGGCUGGAUUUUCCACUGGUGCAAUUCAAUCUCCAUUAAGUUCCAGUCACCAAACGAAGUGGACAGAAGGUCUUUCACUCGCUCCAGUAGACUUUGGAUCCAACAGAGUAAAGCCCCUCAUCUAUUCAAGCAGCAGUACAAGAGCAAAAGGCCCAAAUAUUCAAGAUAUCAUACCCAGUCUGAAUUCUGUGUCUCACAGGGCCAAUAUGAAAAUUGUCUCCCCACGCCAACACAGCAGACUCAGUCAAGAGUCACAUUUUCCAACCAGAAAUUGGGUGAGUGGAUAUCACACUGGUUCUGUUUUCCAAAGUGGCAGCAAACCAGGCAACUUUGAACACAAUGGCUUUAAUGACGACAGUGCCAAGAAUUCCCAGUCAACAGAUUUAAAUCCUGUCAACAUGAAGGCAGACACCAUCAUAGAGGAACAUAUCACCUCCAGCAAUGCCGAAGGUGUAAGAGGCAAGCAUAGAUCUCAUCCUAUAUGGAGUCGCAGGGACUAUGGCACUGAUCUGACCUCUGAUGUAAGGGGAUAUGCCCAGGUUGGCCGGCUCAAGCCCAAUUUCAAAGCUCAGCACCACUCUAGUUCUGCUCCAGAGAGGAAGUUUUUGAUGCCAAGCUUUCAGUCUGUAAGACAUAAUCAGGAUUAUGGCCCUCAUUCAAGGAAACUAUUGUUUGGACGUGGUGGUCAAGCCCCAAGGCAAAGACAGCCAAACCAUAAGGACACAUCAAAUGGCACGGACAAGUACAGUCCCAGAGUACUCAAAUCUGGUAAGUGGCGUUUUCAAUCCACAGCCAGCCCAAGGAGCCUAGUCCAAGGUAAAUUCAGACCUUUCCAAAGAGUCCACCUGUUUGGAGACUCUUAUACUGGUCGCACCAGGCUGUCAGAUGCUGAAAUGGGUCCAGGCUAUGUAGCUGCAAUAACAUCUUCAUCCCACGGUCUUAAUUUGACCUCCCGAGAUAUUAGUUCAACAGUCAAGCCUUCAGUCACUGCAGAAAUGAGCACUACCUCACCCAGUUUAACCUCUAUGCUGACCAAGAGUCCACAUGCAGAGCUUUUACCCCAAACAUCAGUGAACCUUCAUGAGGGCCAGCCUCGAGGUGAAGCGGGUGUUGCUCCUCUUUUGGAACAAAACAAAAUGUUACUGGUCACUCCUCCAAUGCCACAACCAGAAACUGACAUUGAAGAGAAUGGCCAAGAUGACACAGUUGUAAGCCCCAUGGAAAUAGAGGGGUCUGGAGUUUUUACAGACCCUGCUGCUGCUGCUCCUGUAAAUAUCAGUAAAAGUAGUGAAAACACCAGCAAGAGGUGACCAGCAGUGGAAACCUAUCAGACCCAUGCCAGGUAAUGCAGGACUAUCAAGGUUGUGGUGGUGAAAUGACUUUGAAAGUGGCUCAGUAAAAUGUGAUGGUCUUUUCCUCCAGAUUUUUAACACAUUUGAAAAUCAGCCCCUUGUGCUGCAGUGGUCUGACUUUGAAUAAAUUCUUAAAACCCUU